UCAUUCCUUGAGACCACGGUCUCCGCCACCACCACCAUCACUACCACGCCUUGCUUCUUUUCGACUUGCCCUCCAUCACCGGAGCGGUACGGUUUCGUCUUCGCCUGAAGUAGGCUGUGCCGACUAGCGAUCAUUGCGGUGUGUCAUCAAAGCAACCACAUUUUGACCAUCGCGCAGCGUUUUCGUGGGGAAAAGAAAUCCUCAUGUAAUCGCGUGGCUUGAAGAGAAGACGAACGCGACGACGGCGGUUGAUGCGUGCGCUAGUGUGUGCCAUUAUUACAACUGUAACGUGCGUGUGCUUGUGUGUGUGUGUGUCCACCUGCUGUGAAAAUAUUUGGUUACUUUCUUUCAAAAUUGGAAUCGCUUGCGGUCGGUAGAGUUAAGGAAGAGCGAUCCUUUCACGGUUCCGGUUCCGAGUGUACCACCGGCAAACGGAAACUUAUCCGCCCGCCCCGCGCGUCUGUGUGUUUCCGGUUUCUAACGCCUUCUCCGUUCGGUGUUGGCCCGGGUUUGUUUGUCCUUUCCGCAGGAAAAUGAGUAGCUCCGAGGAGGUAUCAUGGAUUUCCUGGUUCUGCGGACUGCGCGGUAACGAAUUCUUCUGUGAGGUGGAUGAGGAUUACAUACAAGAUAAGUUCAACUUGACAGGAUUGAACGAGCAAGUACCGAACUACCGUCAAGCGUUGGACAUGAUCCUGGAUCUCGAACCCGAGGAUGAAAUCGACGAUAAUCCUAACCAGUCGGAUCUGAUCGAACAGGCGGCCGAGAUGCUGUACGGGUUGAUACACGCGAGAUACAUUCUCACGAAUCGGGGAAUAGCUCAAAUGAUAGAAAAAUAUCAGAGCGGUGAUUUCGGCCACUGCCCGCGGGUCUACUGCGAAAGCCAACCGAUGCUUCCACUAGGUCUUUCCGACGUACCCGGGGAGGCAAUGGUGAAGUCCUACUGUCCGAAAUGUAUCGACGUGUAUACGCCAAAGUCCUCAAGGCAUCAUCACACCGAUGGUGCAUACUUCGGAACAGGGUUCCCGCACAUGCUAUUUAUGGUACAUCCCGAGUACCGUCCCAAACGUCCCGCGAAUCAAUUCGUACCACGUUUGUAUGGUUUUAAGAUCCACUCCUUAGCGUAUCAAAUCCAACUGCAGGCAGCAGCAAACUUCAAGGCGCCGCUACGAGGGUGAAGAGCUCGGCGAAGGGCAUCGAUAACUGAACCGCAGGCCGCCGGGACUUUAUCGAGAAGAUAGUUUGAGGUUCACUAGUGGCGCGCACAUCAACCAAUCCACCACACACGGCGGCGCAGACGGACGCGGAAGAGGGCCCGGUUGGUACGCUGCGAUCGAACGCUUAAGUGAUCCCCAAACAAAACAGAAAACGAGAAAAACAAACCUUCAAAACAUCAGACCUACUACACCAUAGGAAAAUGUGGACCCCAACACUCCCCCCCGGCCGAGUCGGAAGCGGAGCUGUAAAAAAGCCCAACCCUACAACAAGCCUACUACGACGGGAUUCAUCUUACAUUUUCUGCAUCCCCAUCGAGACGGCGCGUCACAUCAUUUUUAUCUCAUCUAGUAACAUCCUCCAUCGCUGUUGCUGGGGAGAGAAAGCGACUGUGAGAUAAAAAGAGAGAGUAAACAUAAGUGUGUUGGAGUGUUGGAAAGUGUGAAACAAAACAGGUCAACAUUCACAGGCAGCAAGCAGCACAGAGAGAGAGAGAAAGAGUCCUUUCGAUAGCAACAUAAAAUUUCAUAACUAUUCAGCAUAAAGGCAUUUUCGCACGACGCACGAGUGAUAAACACAUGCAUCUUUGCAUCAUCAUAAAACGCGCAUCCUGGUCGGUUGGCGUCGGACGUCAACAAAGAGUACUGGGAGCGAUCGAAAAAGGAGGAGAGCCAAUUAAUAAUAUCGGCAGGAUCAUAGUCGGAUACCAUAGCAAGCGUUUAUUAUGUUUAUCAGAGAGUAGGCUCUUUUUUGUUUCAACAUUAGCAUUAAUAGUGCGUGAGCAUGCCGCGGGGUUGCUGUGGGCUGCUAUGAUUGUUAACAAUUUUUUUUGUAUAAGUAAACCGUUUCUUUUGUCACCGUAAUCGCCCGUGGCGAGUGGUGAGUGAUCGAACGGACUAUGGGUUUUGUUACUUCAAGUCAUGUAACUGUUUGAAGCAAUCGGACCAUGAAACCCGAUCGACGGAAAGCCAUCGCGUGGUUGAAUUGUACAGCCCGCUCUUUAUUUGAGAAGCUUACAACACGAUUUUGCGUUGUCUGCGCACGCGAUCGUGAGUGACUCCGAAAUUCUCCGAAUUCCUAUGAGCGAGCCCCCCUCGAGAGGGGGUUAGCAACUGAACCACUUCCGUUCGUGGUAAUGCCCGUGUGGGGUUACAGUGCGCGUACGCGCGCGGCUGGUGAGAGGUGGCUUCCUGUGUGUAGUAGCUUGAUGAUCUGUAGAAUAAACGAAUAUUAAUACACUUCAAGUUCAAUUCCCUUCUUGAUAAAUCGGUGGUCCCGGUUGGUCGGUCGGUCAGUUGGGGAGCGAAAGGUGUAGGACAGCCCCUGCAAUUGCGCAACAGUGGCGCCGUGAAGUGAUUCGAAUAGAAGUGUCGUCAGAGAGAAAAAGAGAGAACCGAAAGCAGCAACACAUGUACGCAAGAGAACCGAAUGCGAAGAAUAAUACUAGUAAAAUAGAAGGGUCAAGUAGAUUAAACAAAUUGAACAUCAUCUCACACACCCUACGCCCGAUAAUUCGCUCCCGCUACCGUAAGGCAUAAGCAAGAUCCCUCCAACGUUUCAUUAUACAAAUUUUCUAUAAGAACACAACCGCGCCGCAGCCCGAAGUUUGUCGGAGCUGUUUUAAAAGAUUCAUAUUUUCCCCGCGAUGUCCUGCUGAAACACAAAAGUCGAACUUCAACCACUUCGCUUUUGUGUUUUAGUUUAGUUCAGUUCCGCCAAACGGACGCUGAAACUUGUUGUUUAUCUAGUUUAUAUGUUUUUUAUCGAUAAACAAACCCAAUUUUCAACGAGUUUCAUUUGCUACCACCAUCAUCUACCAAGUGUCGUUUCGCGUACGAGUAACGCGACCUAUUUGACUGGGGGGCUUUGUCUAUCUAUUUACUUUAAUAUCUAAAUAGUUUCAAUGGCAUUUGUAGUUUUGUUUGUCAUAAACAGCGAGAGAGAGAGAGAAAGAGAAAGAAAGAAAUAAUUGUGAGGAGUAAACGAAAGCGGAGAAACAGAAAUGCUCCCACGACCAUUUUAGCCGGAAGAGGAAGAGCGUACGAAGUUCGAAACUAUAUUACAACUAGUGAGGAAAAGGGAAACAUUGAAAUAAGUAAUAAAAAGAAAAGAGAAUAGAAGUACACUAACAAACAACAACAGAAACAACAAGAACAACAACAAUAAAACCUCUAAAUUUCUUUCCCUUCGCUCUCCACGCAACCCAAAAACAACACCACGCCAGAGUGGUGCGUGUGCGUGACUGUGGGUGUGUGUGCUGGACGAGUGGCCGCGAGACCGUUGUUCCCGGCGAACGGAACGGAACGGAGCGGAACCGAUGCAAAAGUAAAGAAGCAAAAAUGGAUAACAAUCGGCGCAGUGAAGAAGUCGGAUACAAUCGCGCUGCAAAUGCAUACACACUAAUACAAUUUCUAUAUAUAUAGUCUAUAUAUAUAUAUAUAUGAAUCUAUUGAUUAAUAAUAAUUAUUAAUUGACAGAUUGCGUACAGUAAAACAAAUAAAAAAAGGGUAGGAAAAGAAGGUAGAAACAAAACGGUAAACGUGAACCACAACGGGGCGCGCGCAUUCAACGAGGGCAAAAGUAACCGCGCGCGUGUUGUGAUUGUGUGUGUGGAGGUAAAACAAUUGAAUAAAGUGAGAAACAAAACA